GUGAAAUGUUCUAUCAAACAUUUGUUCUGAAACAUUAUCUUUUAUCAGUUCUCCGGAUCAUUCAUUUACGUUCCGAUAUUCGGUCAUUGUCAUCUAACGAUUCAGAUAAGCAAUUUUACUAAAAAUGUGUAACAGAAUUUGGUAUACAAGUGAGAACGGAGAUAUUGAGAUCCGAUCUCUGACUAAGGAAUAUCUCAAGGAAAGCUUGGAACUACUCCAGGAUGUAUUUUUCAUGGAAGAAACUACUGCCACUGCUUGCGGGCUCCCAAACAAUCCUGAAGCAAGAAAGGAAUGGGGAGAAAUUUGUCUAGCUGUAGCGAAUGAAGGUGUUUCUGUUGUUGCAAUCGAUACAAAAGAAAACAGAGUGGCAGCCGUAGCAUUCAAUAAAAUUUAUUGCGAUAAGACUGAUGAUGGAGAAUGCUCUUUUUAUGAAAGAUAUUCCAAAGUUUUCAAAACUCAGUCAGCAAAAGACUUAAUAAUAUGCUGUGAACGAGCUGAUAGUGUUACUGACCUUUUCAGCAAAUGCGGAUGCAAUUGUUACUUAGAAUUGAUGUUCCUAGCUACAGCUCCAAAAUAUAAAGGAAAACAGUUGGCAACAAAACUAGCAACUGCUACUAUUGCUCUAGCAAAACAAUUACAUAUUGGUGAAAAUGUAAAACAGAGCUUGACGGAUGUUAUGUUACCUAAUGAACCCAGACCAGGAGCAGUAGUUGCAGUUUUUACAUCGAAUAUAUCUCAGAAACUGGCUGAAAAACUAGAAUUUCAAAUAGCGGGAACACUUUCAUAUAGAGAGAUUGCAAGAGCCGGAAAAACUUAUUAUGAAUUGCUGGAUAAAAGAGCCCUUGAAGAAGAUUUUGAAGAACCGAAACGUCGGCGGAUGUUAAACCGAUUUCGUUUAAUUCGACCUUAUUUGAAUAUUGAUGUGAAGAUUGUUAACCUGUAUUUGGGAAUUUUUAACCUCCAUUUUGGCAUUUAAAUUGCCUCGAGACCUGACCGAGAUGAAAGAUGCGCUUACAAAUGAAAUUCAUUCGAUAGAUGAGCCACUGCUGUAAGAGUCAACGAUGGAUGAUUUUUAGCUUCGGCAUGAAACUCGCAUUCAAGAUAUAAUUUUUGUACCUAAAUAUAUUU